CCCCUGCUCGCUUUCCUGGGGGAGGGGGGCUGUCGCCCAGGAUUGAAGGCCAUUGAUUUGUAUGUAUUUGUCCCAGCGCCGGAGGCUGCCCCAGCCGCCCGCGCCCGAGCCGCCGCUGCCAGUGGAGUUGCCUCCCUGCUUCCCUAGGGUGGUACGGCUCCACCAAACAUGUCGGCUCCGGUCGGGCCCCGGGGCCGCCCGGCUCCCACCCCGGCGGCGGCCUCUCAGCCUCCUCCGCAGCCCGAGAUGCCGGACCUCAGCCACCUCACGGAAGAGGAGAGGAAAAUCAUCCUGGCUGUCAUGGAUCGCCAGAAGAAAGAAGAGGAGAAGGAGCAGUCCGUGCUCAAGAUCAAAGAAGAACACAAACCACAACCGACACAGUGGUUUCCCUUUAGUGGGAUCACUGAACUGGUAAAUAACGUUCUUCAGCCCCAGCAAAAACAAGCAAGUGAAAAGGAGCCCCAGACAAAGCUACAUCAGCAAUUUGAAAUGUACAAGGAACAAGUAAAGAAGAUGGGGGAAGAAUCCCAACAGCAGCAGGAACAGAAGGGCGAUGCUCCGACCUGUGGGAUCUGCCACAAGACAAAGUUUGCAGAUGGGUGUGGCCAUAACUGUUCAUAUUGCCAAACAAAGUUCUGCGCUCGCUGUGGAGGUCGGGUGUCACUGCGCUCAAACAAGGAGGACAAAGUGGUGAUGUGGGUAUGUAAUUUGUGCCGAAAACAACAAGAAAUCCUCACUAAGUCCGGAGCAUGGUUUUAUAAUAGUGGGUCCAAUACACCGCAGCAACCCGAUCAAAAGAUUCUCCGGGGACUUCGAAAUGAGGAGGCGCCUCAGGAGAAGAAGGCGAAGCUGCAGGGGCCGACCCAGCUCCAAGGCCCCUCGGGUGACUUACCCGUGGCUGCGGUGGAGAAGGGCCGGUCCCACGGCCUCACAAGGCAGGACUCUAUCAAAAAUGGCUCAGGAGGGAAGCACCAUGUUGCCAGCGACAUGCAGUCAGACAGAAAAAGAAGUCCAUCAGUGUCCAGGGAUCAAAAUCGAAGAUACGACCAAAGUGAAGACAGAGAGGAAUAUUCACAGUAUGUCCCUUCAGAUAGCACAAUGCCCCGAUCUCCUUCAGAGUACGCCGAUAGUCGAGCUCAACGCGAACCUCAGUUUUAUGAAGAACCUGAUCAUUUAAACUAUAGGGAUUCUAACAGGAGAGGCCAUAGACAUUCCAAAGAGUAUAUUGUCGACGACGAGGAUGUGGAGAGCCGAGACGAGUAUGAAAGACAGAGGAGAGAGGAGGAGUACCAGGCGCGCUACAGAAGCGAUCCAAAUUUGGCCCGGUAUCCGGUCAAGCCACAACCCUAUGAAGAGCAAAUGCGGAUCCACGCUGAAGUGUCCCGAGCACGACACGAGAGGAGGCACAGCGAUGUUUCUUUGGCAAAUGCUGAGCUAGAAGAAUCCAGGAUUUCUCUGCUCCGGAUGGAUCGACCGUCCAGGCAAAGAUCUAUAUCUGAACGUAGAGCAGCAAUGGAAAACCAACGCUCUUAUUCAAUGGAAAGAACUCGAGAGGCUCAGGGACAAAGUUCUUAUUCCCAAAGGACCACACACCAUAGUCCUCCCACCCCCCGGAGGAGCCCUAUACCCGUUGAUAGACCAGACCUGAGGCGCGCUGACUCCCUAAGGAAACAGCACCACCUAGAUCCCAGCUCCGCCGUGAGGAAAACGAAACGGGAGAAAAUGGAGACAAUGUUGAGGAAUGAUUCUUUGAGUUCAGACCAGUCUGAGUCAGUGAGGCCUCCCCCACCGAGGCCUCAUAAAUCAAAGAAAGGAGGUAAAAUGCGCCAGGUCUCACUGAGCAGCUCCGAGGAGGAGCUGGCGUCCACACCCGAGUAUACAAGCUGUGAUGACGUUGAGAUUGAAAGCGAGAGUGUGAGCGAGAAAGGGGACAGUCAAAAGGGAAAAAGAAAAACUAGUGAGCAGGGAGUUUUGUCGGAUUCUAACACCAGGUCUGAGAGACAAAAGACUAUGAUGUACUUUGGUGGCCACUCUUUGGAAGAGGAUUUGGAAUGGUCUGAGCCUCAGAUUAAGGACUCUGGGGUAGAUACCUGUAGUGGCACAACUCUUAACGAGGAGCAUAGCCAUAGUGAUCAGCACCCUGUGACCUGGCAGCCAUCCAAAGAUGGAGAUCGUCUGAUUGGUCGCAUUUUAUUAAAUAAACGUUUAAAAGAUGGGAGCGUACCUCGAGACUCGGGAGCAAUGCUGGGCUUAAAGGUUGUAGGAGGAAAGAUGACGGAAUCAGGUCGCCUUUGUGCGUUCAUUACCAAAGUAAAAAAAGGAAGCUUGGCUGAUACCGUCGGCCAUCUUAGACCAGGUGAUGAAGUCUUAGAAUGGAAUGGGAGGCUAUUACAAGGAGCCACAUUUGAGGAAGUUUACAACAUUAUUCUAGAAUCCAAACCUGAACCACAAGUUGAGCUUGUCGUUUCAAGGCCGAUUGGAGAUAUCCCUAGAAUACCUGACAGCACGCACGCACAACUGGAAUCCAGUUCUAGCUCAUUUGAAUCUCAAAAAAUGGACCGUCCCUCUAUAUCGGUCACCUCUCCCAUGAGUCCUGGCAUGCUGAGGGACGCCCCGCAGUUCUUAUCUGGACAGCUCUCAAUAAAAUUAUGGUUUGACAAGGUUGGUCACCAGUUGAUAGUUACAAUUUUGGGAGCAAAGGAUCUCCCUUCCAGGGAAGAUGGAAGGCCCAGGAAUCCUUACGUUAAAAUUUACUUUCUCCCAGACAGAAGUGAUAAAAACAAGAGAAGAACAAAAACAGUAAAGAAGACAUUGGAACCCAAAUGGAACCAGACAUUCAUUUAUUCUCCUGUCCACCGAAGAGAAUUCCGAGAAAGAAUGCUUGAAAUCACCCUCUGGGACCAAGCUCGCGUCCGGGAAGAAGAGAGUGAAUUCUUAGGCGAGAUUUUAAUUGAAUUGGAAACCGCUCUGCUAGAUGACGAGCCACACUGGUACAAACUUCAGACCCAUGACGUUUCUUCCUUGCCACUCCCUCACCCCUCCCCAUACCUGCCGCGGAGACAGCUGCACGGAGAGAGCCCAACACGCAGGUUGCAAAGGUCAAAGAGAAUAAGUGACAGUGAGGUCUCUGACUAUGACUGUGAUGACGGAAUUGGUGUAGUGUCAGAUUAUCGGCACAAUGGUCGUGAUCUUCAAAGCUCCACAUUAUCAGUGCCAGAACAAGUAAUGUCAUCAAACCAUUGCUCACCAUCAGGGUCUCCUCAUCGAGUCGAUGUUAUAGGGAGGACUCGGUCAUGGUCGCCCAGUGCUCCUCCUCCGCAAAGUAGAAAUGUGGAACAGGGGCUUCGAGGGACACGUGCUCCUGGCCAUUACAAUACAAUUAGCCGAAUGGACAGACACCGUGUCAUGGAUGACCAUUAUACUCCAGACAGAGACAGGGAUUGUGAAGCAGCAGAUAGACAGCCAUAUCACAGAUCCAGACCAACAGAACAGCGGCCUCUGCUAGAGCGGACCAGCACCCGCUCCCGAUCCUCUGAACGUCCUGACACAAACCUCAUGAGGUCGAUGCCUUCAUUAAUGACUGGAAGAUCUGCCCCUCCUUCACCUGCCUUAUCGAGGUCUCACCCUCGUACCGGGUCUGUCCAGACAAGUCCGUCAAGCACUCCAGUAACAGGACGGAGGGGUCGACAGCUUCCACAGCUCCCGCCAAAGGGAACACUGGAGAGAAAAGUUACAUGGGAAGACCAGCAGGGAAAGGCGAAUGGUACAAUAAGUGAUGACAAACCAUUGCCGACACAGAAACACCAGGCUGAGACAGGUGCUAUGGAUAUAGAGGAGAGAAAUCGCCAAAUGAAAAUUAACAAAUACAAACAGGUAGCCGGAUCAGAUCCCAGACUGGAACAAGAUUACCAUUCGAAGCACCCAUCAGGAUGGGACCCGCAUAGAGGGGCAGAUACUGUCUCCACUAAAUCCUCGGACAGUGACGUAAGUGAUGUGUCCGCGGUUUCAAGGACUAGUAGUGCUUCUCGUUUCAGCAGCACAAGCUACAUGUCCGUCCAAUCAGAACGGCCAAGAGGAAACAGGAAAAUCAGUGUCUUUACAUCCAAAAUGCAAAGCAGACAGAUGGGCGUGUCAGGGAAGAGCAUGACCAAAAGCACCAGCAUCAGUGGAGACAUGUGCUCCCUGGAGAAGACUGAUGGCAGCCAGUCGGACACUGCAGUGGGCGCCCUGGGUACCACUGGCAAGAAGCGACGCUCUAGCAUUGGGGCCAAAAUGGUAGCUAUUGUUGGUCUCUCACGGAAAAGUCGCAGCGCUUCUCAACUCAGCCAAACCGAAGCAGGAGGUAAAAAACUACGGAGCACUGUCCAGAGAAGCACGGAGACCGGGCUGGCCGUGGAGAUGAGGAACUGGAUGACGCGGCAGGCCAGCCGGGAGUCCACGGACGGCAGCAUGAACAGCUACAGCUCGGAAGGAAAUCUGAUUUUCCCUGGUGUCCGCCUGGCCUCUGACAGCCAGUUCAGCGAUUUCCUUGAUGGCCUGGGCCCUGCACAGCUAGUGGGACGCCAGACCCUGGCUACUCCUGCGAUGGGUGACAUUCAGGUGGGAAUGAUGGACAAAAAGGGACAGUUGGAGGUAGAAAUCAUUCGGGCUCGCGGCCUUGUUGUAAAACCAGGUUCCAAGACACUGCCAGCACCGUAUGUCAAGGUGUAUCUAUUAGACAACGGAGUCUGCAUAGCCAAAAAGAAAACAAAGGUGGCAAGAAAGACACUGGAGCCCCUGUAUCAGCAGCUCUUAUCUUUCGAGGAGAGCCCCCAGGGAAAGGUGUUACAGAUCAUUGUCUGGGGAGAUUAUGGUCGCAUGGAUCACAAAUCCUUUAUGGGAGUGGCCCAGAUACUCUUAGACGAACUGGAACUAUCCAACAUGGUGAUUGGAUGGUUCAAACUCUUCCCUCCUUCCUCCUUAGUAGACCCAACCUUGGCACCUCUGACACGGAGAGCUUCCCAGUCAUCUCUGGAAAGCUCUACUGGACCUUCCUACUCUCGUUCAUAGCAACUAUAAAACUGUUGUCACAACAACCAGCGAUACAAAACAGAAGAAAAUGCACAGGUGGGAACCCCUGGUAACACUGCAUGCUGGACGUCGUGUCUUCAGAGCCCACGGCUAGGGAUACACAGCGAUCCUGUGUUCUCAGUGGCAGCUGGACACACUGUGCCCUAGCGAAGGCCCUCAGGUGAAAGAGCAGAGCUGUGACAAACUGUCAGGUUUGGAGUUCAAUGACACUCGAGUUUUGGUCCAAUCUGAAGCCAUGGAUUAAUCUCAAAGAAUCAGUCAGCCCUUUUCAAUGGCACCUUUAAAUUUUUAUCGUUUUUCUUCAUUUAUCUGACGCCACCCAAGCCCUGUUAUGCCACAGAAAUGGAGCUCUACAGCCGUUAGCCACACCACAGGCCAAGGAGCAAAGUCUUAGGAAGCAUCAGGUGAAAAGCAAGAGACCAAAGAAGUGGCCAGGAGCAGAGCCCGCCACCGCGCCUGGAGGGGCUCCAGCAGGGAUGGCGGUAAACGAAGCUGCUCCCGGAGGCAUGUCACUCACUAAUGCCAAGAUGUGUUGGACUCUGAAAAUAAAAUUCUGUGACUGCACUGUACUGAAUGAAAAUAAAGAAACUUUUUUUGCAUGGACACAGAUUAGCUGAAUAUUUAAAUUAUUUUCUCGGGGCUGCAACUUGCAAAAAAAAUAAUAAAAA